AUGGCCGCUCUUCUUCUGGUCUUCAGAGUGUCUCCAUCUGCCAGGCCCUCCCCUCCUCCCUGCCAGUCCCCACCCCUCCACAUGGGCCAGGGCAGCAGAGGUGAAGGCCAGCGCCAGGGGCAGCCACGACUGCAGCCUGUUAAUUCAGUAAUGAGUCACAACAUGAAAGACGUGGGCGGACGGAGUGGGGAAUGGACGUGGAGGGCGAGAUAAAGAUGGAGAAACUGUCAGGGCUGCACUCGGGAACGCUGGAGCGAGGAGACAUGGGAGCAGCAUGUGUUUGCGUGCCCAUUCCAGUCUUUUCUCGCUUUUCUCUCGGCUUCCCCCUCGUCUUUCCCCCUCUUUCUUUUCGGUUUCUUUUCUAAUUUAACUUUUCAUAGACAUUUCUAACCCUGUUUAGUGCUCUUGCCAAGUCCCCCGGCGGACGGAUGACAAAAGCCCUCUAAAAGCCAUGUGAUCUUCCAUUUUCCGACAGCCACACUUCUGAGGAUUAAGGCUAUUUAAUGACUAUAAUCUCCUUCUUUCUCAAAGUGAUUUCUCACAUUCUGUCGCAGUCAGAGGGAUUGCAUUAGCAUUAAUAGAUUUAUAAUUUGCCAGAAUGACCACAUGUGCCAGGAGUUUUUUUUCUCUUCUCUCACCAUUCUUUCUCCCUCCUCCUCCUCUACUUCUUAGUUAUCUUAUUUAUUUAUAUAUAUUUUUUAUGCUCAAGCAAGUGUUCCUUUGUAUGUGGUGUGCUGUGGUGCAGUACAUGGCUGGGGCUCAGCAGGACGGCGUACCUGUCAGUCGUGAGCAGCUCUCCCCUCUGCUCUCUCACCUCCGCUCGGCUCACAUCAGAGACCAGCCUGUCAGGGGCCACGCUUUCAUUGUGUAGCCAAAGAAUUCACCUCAGUUAAGGCCCUUUGGGCUUUUCUUCCCCUCACUUUCUUGGGGCCUCUCUCUCUCCUGUGUUGCCGGGGUUUAACUUGUGUCAGGAUUACUCUUAUUCUGACACGGACACAAAGACAUGAGAGGAGGACUGGGGGGAGUGGCUACAAUAGGGAGGGGCUUGUCCAGACACCCCAGCUGUGGAGACAGUGGUGUACAGGCCUGAACUGUAAUCUGAGAAACAGAGUUGUUCUCCCCUCCAUCACUCUCACACACACACAUAUAAAUACAUCACACACACAAUCUAUUCAAGCAAUUCCAGUUACUACACUUCUGGGCUCAAAAAUAAAAUGUGUGUUUAGAUGUAUGUACUGAACAAAGCAGUGUGCUCCUGGUAUGGGCUGUAGGAAAUAAAUAGACCAAUUUCAGUAAUUGUUAGUGUCUCCUGAACAAAUCCUCUUAUUACAUUUUCUAACAUCUUUGAUUCACUAUCUCUGUCCUUUCUCGUUCAUGCUCAUUUCUUAAUUUGUACUGAUCCUGUAAUAUUCCUCUCCUGAAAUGUGCUGCUGGAUGGCAUCUCUCUCCUGUUGCCUUGAUGCUCCAUGUGAUAUCUCUAUUUUAUAGUCUUUUACAGCGUAGGAUUCUUUCCUUGCUCCAAGCUAAAUUCAUAAUUCAUGUUUUUAUAAAAAAAAGUACCCACAAACCCCUGUGGAGUUUUAUUUGCUCUGCACACCACCUACAUUUUAGAGUGCAUCGAUUCAUCACAUGAAUUUAUUUUCAACCAAAUAUGCUCUGCACACCUUUGUAUAACACACAUACUGUAGGAGGGGUGGUGGGAGGGGAUACAAACUCACAGUUGCUUGCAGGGAUAAGUCUACACCAAGUGCUUUCAAGGUUAGGCUAUUCUCUCUCUUAGAUACAUGUUUUUGUCAAUAUUUAAAUAUUCUUUGCAGCAACAUUAUACUUUUUUUGUUUUGUUACAUAAUAACAUUGAGAAGACAGUCAUUUAUUUGAGAGUGCUCAUGCCAAAAUGAGAUGCAGUCUCAUGGUAUCCAGCUACAGACUAGUUUACAAAAAAUAGUGUUUUAUAAGAUGUAGUAUGUGGGGAAAGGGGGAGGCUGUUUACUUAUUGUAAACAUGUGGUUAUGUGUGAUGAGGAAUACCAGAGGCUUCUCUAUUCAUCCAUUUAGAGCAGAGCGUAAAACGCAGUCAAAUAAAGCAAACAAACCGGCUGAGCUGGAGAAUUCUGGGUUUGUCUGAGCCACCGUGGGAUCCAGGCUCACAGCAUUCCUGCUCAAUAAGUCAUGAGGAUUUCUCCUCUCCCAUCUCCUCCUCUCCUCUCUUCUACUCUACUCUACUUUCCUCUCCUCUCCUCUUUUCAGAGGGCUCUAGUUUAGAUGCUAAAUGGAUGACGGGUGGGCUGUCAGGCCUCCUCAGAAUGCACAAAGCAGGACAGAAUGAAUAUAUGCUCUGCUUUGUAUAUAUUUAUAUUAUGUAUGCAUUAAUAGACUUUCCCUUUUGUCUGCACUAAACUGGAGAAAAGCAUGCAUAAUCCCAUGUUUUAUUUCAUUCACUUUGUUAUAUAAGAAUACCCUCACUAUUUGAGCGUCUUCUAAUAGGUUUUUGGAAUGUCAAUCUGGUCCCUAUAAUGAAAAUAUGAUGAGGCAGAUGUAAUUCUAGAGGGGAGUGAGGGAUGUUUGCUAAGGGAUGAUGAAGAGAGAGAAAAUACACUUUGUCCUUAUUUCUUCAAUCCUGUGGGAAUACAUGUCUUUAAUUCUUAGCUUCUAUUUAGAUUUUAUUUCUUGUCCUCACUAACAUUUUAAUUCUGUCUGUGUUUUGCAUUGCAGAUGGUGAUGAUGACCCUGGGCUCUCCUGGGUAGCGUCCUCUCCCUCUAGCAAAGAUGUGGCAUCGCCGUCACAGAUGCUGGGGGAUGGCUGCUGCGAUCUGGGCAUGGGCACAGGGGAGGAAGAAGGGGGCGCGGGGCUGCCCUACCCCUGCCAGUUCUGCGACAAGUCCUUCAGCCGCCUCAGCUACCUGAAGCGCCACGAGCAGAUCCACAGCGACAAGCUGCCCUUCAAGUGCACCUUCUGCAGCCGCCUGUUCAAGCACAAGCGCAGCCGCGACCGCCACGUUAAGCUCCACACCGGAGACAAGAAGUACAGCUGCCAGGAGUGUGAGGCGGCUUUCUCCCGUAGCGACCAUCUCAAGAUCCACCUGAAGACCCACAGCUCCAGCAAGCCCUUUAAGUGCAGUGUUUGCAAGAGAGGCUUCUCCUCCACGUCCUCUCUGCAGAGCCACAUGCAGGCUCACAGGAAGAACAAGGAGCACCUUGCCCUGCGUGCUGAAAAGGAAGGGGGGAAGCGUGGCAGCAAUGCAGGCAGUGGAGGGGAGAUGGACCAGGACCCGUACAUGUGUGACUACUGUGAGGAGACCUUCAGCCAGACAGAUGAGCUGGAGAAGCACGUAGUGACCCGCCACCCCCAGCUGUCUGACCGCGUUGACCUGCAGUGCAUCCACUGCCCUGAGAUCUUCAGCGACGAGGGCCCGCUGCUCUCCCACAUCGAGAAGUCCCACGCCAACCGUAAACACAAGUGCCCUGUGUGCUCGGAGCAGUUCCCCUCUGUGGAGGACGUAUAUUGCCAUCUGGACAGCCACCGCCAGCCUGACUCCAGUAACCACAGUGCCAGCCCUGACCCAGUGCUGGGCAGCGUGGCAUCCAUGAGCAGCGCCACCCCAGACUCCAGUGCCUCUCUGGAGAGGGGUUCCACCCCUGACUCCACCCUGAAACCCACCCAGAGCCGCCGUAAGCUGGCCCCCAACUCUGACCAUGACGAUGGGGGUCACUGGAUGGCCAAGGUGACCUAUAGCUGCCCCUACUGCUCCAAGAGAGACUUCAACAGCCUGGCCGUUCUGGAGAUCCAUCUGAAGACCAUCCAUGCAGACAAGCCCCAGCAGAACCACACAUGCCAGCUGUGCCUGGACACCCUGCCCACGCUCUACAACCUCAACGAGCACGUCCGCAAAGCCCACCGAGGCAGCGGGGGCGCUGCAGCGGCCUUCCCCCUGCUCCAGUUCACCAACGUGUCGGCCUUCCACUGCAACUACUGCCCAGACAUGUUUGCAGACAUCAACACCCUGCAGGAGCACAUACGCAUGUCCCACUGUCUGCCUGGAGGAAUGGUUGCAGGCUCCACCACCCUGGAGGGCAACCAUGCUUUCUUCUGCAACCAGUGCUCCAUGGGCUUCCUCACAGAGUCCUCUCUCACAGAGCACAUCCAGCAGACACACUGCAGCGGAGGAGGUGUUCCCAAGAUGGAGUCCCCCGUCCUGCAGCCCUCCCAGUCCUUCAUGGAGGUCUACUCCUGUCCAUACUGCACCAACUCGCCCAUCUUUGGCUCCCUGCUCAAGCUGACCAAGCACAUCAAGGAGAACCACAAGAACAUCCCACUGGCCAAUAACAAGCGGCAAGCCAAGGUAGCAGACCUUAGCCCUGCCUCGUCUGAUGUGGAAAUCUCCUCCCCCAAACGCCAUAGGCUGGCUGGGGACUCUACCCUAGCAGGUUUCAAUGGAGACUACCCCUGCAACCAGUGUGACCUACACUUUAGCAGCUUCGAGGGAUUCCAGGCCCAUCUCAAGUCCCACCUGGAGAUGCUGCUGAGGAGGCAGUCCUGCCCGCAGUGCAACAAAGAGGACUUCGACUCCCAAGAGUCUCUGCUGCAGCACCUGACGGUCCACUACACCACCACGUCCACCCAGUACGUGUGUGAGAGCUGUGAUAAGCAGUUCUCCUCUGUAGACGACCUGCAGAAGCACCUGCUGGACAUGCACACCUUUGUGCUGUACCACUGUACACUGUGCCAGGAGGUGUUUGACUCCAAGGUGUCCAUCCAGGUCCACCUUGCUGUCAAGCACAGCAAUGAGAAGAAGAUGUUCCGCUGCACAGCCUGCGCCUGGGACUUCCGGAAGGAGAGUGACCUCCAGCUGCAUGUCAAGCACAGCCACCUGGGACACCCCACUGGCCCUGGGGUCGCCGGCAAGGCCCGUAAGUGCAUAUUCUGUGGGGAGACGUUCGGCACAGAGGUGGAACUGCAGUGCCACAUCACCACCCACAGUAAGAAGUUCAACUGCCGCUUCUGUGGCAAGGCCUUCCAUGCUAUUGUGCUGCUGGAGAGGCAUCUGAGGGAGAAGCACUGUGUCUUCGAUUGGGGCAACGGCACCGGGAACGGGGGCAGCCAGAACGGCACACCCAACGGGGUGACUCAGAGCUCCAAGCGUGGGGGAGGAGGCGAAAGAUCGACAGUGGCCACAGAGCAGGCUGACCUGCAGAGCAUGCUGCUGAAGAAUGCCAGCCAGGACAUAGCCAACAGCCACGAGGUCAGCGGAGGAGAGGAGGAGCUGGACAACUCAGAGCCCAUGUACGCCUGUGAUAUCUGUGGGGCAGCCUACACCAUGGAGAGUCUUCUGCAGAACCACCGGCUGAGGGACCACAACAUCCAGCCCGGGGACGACGACGCCGGCAGCCGCAAGAAGAAGGCAGACUUCAUCAAGGGCAACCACAAGUGCAACGUGUGCUCACGGACCUUCUUUUCCGAGAACGGCCUGAGGGAGCAUGCCCAGACCCACCGUGGCCCAGCCAAGCACUACAUGUGCCCCAUCUGUGGAGAGCGCUUCCCCUCCCUGCUCACGCUCACCGAACACAAGGUCACCCACAGCAAGAGCCUAGACACAGGCACCUGCCGCAUCUGUAAGAUGCCCCUGCAGAGCGAGGAGGACUUCAUAGAGCACUGCCAGAUGCACCCAGACUUGAGAAACUCUCUGACGGGCUUCCGCUGUGUGGUGUGCAUGCAGACGGUCACCUCCACCCUGGAGCUCAAGAUCCACGGCACCUUCCACAUGCAGAAGCUCUCUUCCGGUGGGGGCAGCGGGGGCGGGGGUGGCUCAGCCUCCUCCUCCCCCAAUGGCCAGCUGCAACAACACAAGCACUACAAGUGUGCCCUGUGCCUCAAGGAGUUCAAGAACAAGCAGGAGCUGUUGAAGCUGGAUGUUAACGGGCUGCCCUAUGGGCUGUGUGCUGGCUGUAUGAGCCGGGCUACCAAUGGCCAGUCUCCCAGCGGGGGCACCACGCCCCAGGAGGCCGGGGGAGAGAAGGUUGUGCCGGGGCUGCGAUGCCCCGAGUGUGCUGUGAAGUUUGAGACCCUGGAGGACCUGGAGAGCCACGUUCAGGUGGACCACCCCGAGAUGAGCCUGGAGACCAGUGGGGCCAAGAAGGUGACGGAUGCCUCGCCUGUCCCUAAAGUAAGAACACUUUCACCAUAUUCUCCACUAUGGCUCAGCAUACUGAUUUUAUAUUAAAAUCUACAUACAAUAUGUGAAAAUUCUAAGGUUAAGGUAAACAACUUAUGUUUAAUUUAGUAAUUGAUAAAUCAAUCACAUAGUGAGUACCCAACAUUGUCCUCUGCGGUAUAAAAGAAAUAUAACACAUUACCAAUCCAACAAAAAGUUAAAUGGCCCUGCAUUUAGAAACAUCUAGUGAAUUGAUUAAAACUUAAAAGCAAAUUCAUAUUAUUCAUUCUUUCCUAAUGCUUUUUGAGUGAUCUGAAAUGUUGUUCCUACUUUUUAAAAUCCCUAAUAUUUUAGCAGUAUUUUCUAGCAAUGUGUCUGUUCCCAGUGGGUAGUGUGUCAGUAAGAAGUCGUGCUCAGUUAGAUGUGUGAAUUCAUGGCUGCGUUUCAGUGGGCCCUAGUGGGACCUGCUGCUCAGCCCGGCUGAGGCAUUGUACGGCCUGUUCGCUCCACUAGAUAUUGACAGUGUGGUCCCAGGGACGCUCAAUCUUUACCUGUGCCUUUGUUUCAGCUCAAUGUAACAGCAAGGAGAAACCUCAGAAUCCCCCCCCCCCAGUACAUUCUGUUUGUAUCAGGAGAUCGCGUGUGUGUGUGUGUGUGUGUGUGUGUGUGCGCACACGCCGGCUGUGAAUGAAAAAGUAAUUUGAUAACCUCUCUGAAAUUCUUGUCUACCUGUCUGUUGCAUUGCAGAAGAAGACGUACCAGUGCAUCAAAUGCCAAAUGACCUUCGAGACAGAGCGGGAGAUCCAGAUCCACGUCGCCAAUCACAUGAUCGGUGAGUCAGCCUCAUCAUUUCCUGUGUGUGUGUGUGUGUGUAUGUUUACGAUUGUGUGUUUAUCUUUGUGCCUGUCUCUUGUUUCGGUUUCCUCUCUGGCUGCACAGCCUUCUCUUUGGCCUAGCCCUUGCACUCUCUCUCCCCGGCCUGCACAGCACACAGGUGUGAGACAGACC